UUGCCCCGCUCCUCCUCCUUCUUCUCCUCCUCCUCCUCGUCCUCCUCCUCCUCCGCGGGGGGCCGACCGGCGCUCCCAGCCCGGCUGCGGCGGAGGUAAUCCAUGCUGAAGAGGCUCCAUUCAUACAGAUGAGCCAAGGGUUGAAGCAGCACUUUAAACCCAGAUAGUCGGUCGGCUCACUGCCCAGCAGGAUGCCAUCAACCAGCCGAGCGGGCAGCCUGAAGGACCCCGAAAUUGCAGAGCUCUUCUUCAAAGAAGAUCCAGAAAAGCUCUUCACAGAUCUCCGAGAGAUUGGCCAUGGAAGCUUCGGAGCAGUUUAUUUUGCACGUGAUGUGCGCACCAAUGAAGUGGUGGCCAUCAAGAAAAUGUCAUAUAGUGGGAAGCAGUCCAAUGAGAAAUGGCAGGAUAUUAUUAAGGAAGUCAAGUUCCUCCAAAGAAUAAAACACCCUAACAGUAUAGAAUACAAAGGCUGCUAUCUGCGGGAGCAUACAGCAUGGCUUGUUAUGGAAUAUUGUUUAGGAUCAGCAUCAGACUUACUAGAAGUUCAUAAAAAGCCAUUGCAAGAAGUGGAAAUAGCAGCAAUUACCCAUGGUGCUCUCCAGGGAUUAGCAUACUUGCAUUCUCACAAUAUGAUCCAUAGAGAUAUCAAGGCAGGAAACAUCCUGCUGACAGAGCCAGGACAGGUGAAACUUGCUGACUUUGGGUCUGCUUCCAUAGCAUCUCCUGCCAACUCAUUUGUGGGGACGCCAUAUUGGAUGGCCCCAGAAGUGAUUUUAGCCAUGGAUGAAGGGCAGUAUGAUGGCAAAGUAGAUGUUUGGUCUCUUGGAAUUACCUGUAUUGAGUUAGCGGAAAGGAAGCCUCCUUUGUUUAACAUGAACGCAAUGAGUGCCUUAUAUCACAUAGCGCAGAAUGAAUCCCCUACACUACAGUCUAAUGAAUGGUCUGAUUAUUUUCGAAACUUCGUAGAUUCUUGCCUCCAGAAAAUUCCUCAAGACAGGCCUACAUCAGAGGAGCUUCUGAAGCACAUGUUUGUUCUUCGAGAGCGGCCCGAAACAGUGUUAAUAGACCUGAUUCAGAGAACAAAGGAUGCAGUGAGAGAACUGGACAACCUACAGUAUCGUAAAAUGAAGAAGCUCCUCUUCCAGGAGGCCCACAAUGGCCCUGCAGUGGAAACACAGGAGGAGGAGGAGGAACAAGAUCAUGGUGUCGGCAGGACGGGAACGGUGAAUAGUGUCGGAAGUAAUCAGUCCAUUCCUAGUAUGUCUAUCAGUGCCAGUAGCCAAAGCAGUAGUGUUAACAGUCUUCCAGAUGCCUCGGAUGAUAAGAGCGAGCUGGAUAUGAUGGAGGGGGACCACACCGUGAUGUCAAAUAGCUCUGUCAUUCAUUUAAAGCCGGAGGAAGAAAACUACAGAGAGGAGUCGGAUCCUCGAACAAGGGCAUCAGAACCCCAGUCUCCUCCCCAAGUAUCUCGCCACAAGUCUCAUUAUCGCAACCGAGAGCACUUUGCUACCAUACGCACAGCAUCGCUGGUGACAAGGCAAAUGCAGGAACAUGAACAAGACUCUGAGCUCCGAGAGCAGAUGUCUGGCUAUAAACGUAUGAGACGGCAGCACCAGAAGCAACUGAUGGCAUUAGAGAAUAAACUGAAGGCAGAGAUGGACGAGCAUCGCCUCAGGUUGGACAAAGAUCUUGAAACACAGCGUAACAAUUUUGCUGCAGAAAUGGAAAAGCUAAUUAAAAAGCACCAAGCAGCCAUGGAGAAAGAGGCUAAAGUGAUGGCCAAUGAAGAAAAGAAGUUUCAACAGCAUAUUCAGGCCCAACAGAAAAAAGAAUUGAACAGUUUCCUGGAGUCCCAGAAGAGAGAAUAUAAACUCCGUAAAGAGCAACUGAAAGAGGAGCUGAAUGAAAACCAGAGCACUCCAAAGAAGGAGAAGCAGGAGUGGCUCUCCAAGCAGAAGGAGAACAUCCAGCAUUUCCAGGCAGAGGAAGAGGCCAACUUACUGAGGCGUCAGAGGCAAUACUUGGAGCUGGAGUGUCGCCGCUUCAAGAGACGGAUGCUCCUUGGACGCCAUAACCUGGAGCAGGACCUGGUUCGGGAGGAGCUAAACAAAAGGCAGACACAGAAGGACCUGGAGCAUGCCAUGCUGCUGCGUCAGCACGAGUCCAUGCAGGAGCUGGAGUUCCGCCAUCUCAGUACCAUCCAGAAGAUGCGCUGUGAGCUGAUCCGACUCCAGCACCAGACCGAGCUCACCAACCAGCUGGAAUACAACAAGCGCCGGGAGCGGGAGCUGAGGCGUAAGCACGUCAUGGAGGUCCGGCAGCAGCCCAAGAGCCUGAAGUCAAAAGAACUACAGAUAAAGAAGCAGUUUCAGGAUACAUGCAAGAUCCAAACCAGACAGUACAAAGCACUGAGAAACCAUCUGCUGGAGACCACGCCAAAGAGUGAACAUAAAGCUGUCCUCAAACGGCUCAAGGAGGAGCAGACCCGGAAGCUGGCUAUCCUGGCUGAGCAGUAUGAUCACAGCAUUAAUGAAAUGCUCUCUACACAAGCUCUGCGUUUGGAUGAGGCGCAGGAAGCAGAGUGCCAGGUUUUGAAGAUGCAGCUGCAGCAAGAAUUGGAGCUGCUGAACGCAUAUCAGAGUAAAAUCAAGAUGCAGGCAGAAGCCCAGCAUGAUCGGGAGCUGCGUGAUCUUGAACAGAGGGUAUCCCUCCGUCGGGCCCUCCUUGAGCAGAAGAUUGAGGAGGAGAUGCUGGCAUUGCAGAACGAGCGUACUGAGCGGAUACGAAGCCUGCUGGAGCGUCAAGCUCGCGAGAUCGAAGCCUUUGACUCAGAAAGCAUGAGGCUAGGUUUUAGUAAUAUGGUUCUUUCUAAUCUCUCCCCCGAGGCGUUCAGCCACAGCUACCCGGGAGCUUCUGGCUGGUCCCACAAUCCUACUGGGGGUGCAGGACCUCACUGGGGUCAUCCCAUGGGUGGCCCACCACAAGCUUGGGGCCAUCCAAUGCAAGGUGGACCCCAGCCAUGGGGUCACCCCUCGGGGCCCAUGCAGGGGGUACCUCGAAGUAGUGCUAUAGGGGUCCGCAACAGCCCCCAGGCUCUGAGGCGGACAGCUUCUGGGGGACGGACGGAGCAGGGCAUGAGCAGGAGCACAAGUGUUACUUCACAAAUAUCCAAUGGUUCACACAUGUCUUAUACAUAACUUAAACAAUAACUGAGGGUGGCAAUUCCACUGGAGCUGUCUGCCAACAGAAACUGCCUACAGACACCAGCCCAGCAGCCUCCUCAGUGCGGUGCUGACGUGUGGAAGCUGGGUGCACAUGGAAUAUUGUAUUCAUUUUGUAAAGCAUUACGUUUUGUGUUUACUAACUGGGAUGUCAUAGUAUUUGGCUGCAGGGUUUGGGGGGGUGGUUUUUGGUUUUUUGUUUUGUUGUUGGUUUUUUUUUACUUUUUGGAGGGGUCUUGGGAGGGCAUCUGAGAAAUAUAUGCAAUUAGUCAGAAGAGUUGGCUGGUGGUCGUCACACUGACAGGACAGAAGGGCCUCAGACUGCCCUCAUCAUGCCAUCCAUGUAGGAAGUCUGAGGGAGAAUGGAGACCUCCUCCCAUGUCCAUAAAUUUCGAACUGCCACCCUGCAAAAACCAGGCAAGCUGCCUUUAAACCAACAUCCAGGGGAGGAACAGCUGGAUCUUCUGUUCCAUUUUUAUUUGUCAUCGAAUUGGAUAAAUUUCUAGGGUAUUGCCUCUGCCAAGAGGCAUUUUUAAAGAAUUGUAGAUGAGGAAGAAGGGUGAGAAGAGAGGCCAAGAGACAUCAGGGCUCAUCAGGGCCCUUCUACCCAAGUGCCCGCUCGGUGUCAUGAAAGAAGUGAUGUUCUCUCAGAAGGCACUGGUCAGCUUCCCGAGAACUCUGUAGGUAAACCUGUCUGGAAGGAACAGGCUAGGAAUGUUUGAAACUGUAAAUCUGCUUUGGCACUCCCUGACUGUGCUGCUGGUAGCUCAGAUGAGGUUGGGCAGAGGAGCGUAAGUAAUGCACUUGUACAGCUAAUACUGUGACAUCUCAUUUUAGCUAAGCAUCAGAAUAAUUCUUGGAGCCCAGCGUAGUCCUUUUUGCUCCAUUCAGAAAUGUUUAGACUUUCAACCAAUCAGUCUCAAAUGCCAGAGGUAUUUUGAAGGAUGCCAUAGUCACAAAAUGCCAUUGAUCGGGUUUUUCAUUAUUACACUACAUCCACCAAUUUAUUACCUUUUUGGCUUGUUGCAAUUUCCUGUUUACAUGUGGUGUGUAGCCAACUGUUGAAAUGUUUAGUUGCCACGGCGUACCAGGAGGAGCUGAGCCAAUGACUCUUUCCCAGCUGAUGACUAACCCACAUCACCACUGUAGAUCUUGCUGCAUGUGAGGCUCCUUUUUAUUAUUUUCAUUGCUGCAAUACUUCACAACUUUUACACUCCCUUGAGAUGCUGUGAUAUUUUGGCAGCGUAUCACACCAUGUGAGAAGGCACUACUUCCAGAGGGCUCGUUGGAGCUGCUGUACUACUGAAAGAAAGCAAAGGAGGUUGUGAAAUCCAUACAGUGAUAAGGGGUCAGGGAGUCUCAUAACUGAAUGACUUCGUGGCAUCGUGUCAUCCCUUCGUACUGGGAACCAGAGAUGCCCCCAUGCUCUCGUGCCAGUGCCAGGGUGGUCUGGGUCAGAUAGGACUGUGGGAAGAGCAGGUAGAUGAAAUUUGGCUUGGGGCAAAGAUUUCCGUCUUGGGGACUGACCAGCCAGGGUUCUUUGUAAAUGUUUCUCCUUGCACACUAAUCAUCUUGAAGAAAACACUAGCUGCUAACUCUAGGAUUUGCCUUUAAUAUGUUUAUAGGGCUCAAAAGCGAGGUUUUCCGAAUGUGUUUGUCCAUGUGACAUAUUUAUAUAGUAAAUACUCCGGUGUCUCGCUGCUGUUCAGUACUCGACAGGGCGACGUUCUUUCGUUAGCUGAGUUACCAUCCACUCCCAAUCCUUAACUCUCUGCCAGUGUCCGGUGAAUCCAGCUGGGAUUUCUAGCAUCUUGACGUAGCAUAUCACUCUAACUGAAGAUGGAAACUCUACCAAGAUGUUUGAGCAGCCCCUCGGUAAGGAACUCUGUAGUACUAACAGUUGAUGGAAGCCUGGGAUGAGGCAGGGGUUCCAUGGAGGUACCCUCUGGUCACCCCCUAGGGCAAGUGGUGGCUGUGAAUUGUCCUGUCCUUUCCUCUGCUAUGUUUUUAUGUGGAAUUGGAUGUUUUGGGGUCAUUCUUUUGCAUUGCAGUGUUGUUGAAAUGCAACAAAACUGAUUUAGGAAAGGUACCUGUGUUUUCCUGGUGUUAGAAAGACAGAACCGAAAUGAGAGGCCAAAACUGUUUUGGGGUUCACUGUGUGAGUGUGGAGGGUGUGCCCAGAGCAUGGUGCUAACACAGCAUUUUGAGUUCAGCUCCUCUAUCCCAAACAGCAGCAGCAACAGCGGGGACAGGCUAUACCUGCAAGUUCAGUGGGUUCAUUCUUGCUUCUGUUAUGGUUUGAAUUUGGUCAAAGUCUCUGGCUUAAAUUGAACUACUUAACAGAAUUCUCUCAGCCCAUCUCUUUGUGUAAUGUCAAGCAUGACUGAAUGCUGAAUCCAAAUGAUGGCUAUCCCAUAUUGGCUUUUUUGUAUUCAAAAAGAACUGUGUAGUAACCAUUUUUACAUGUAUAUCAUGUGCAGACCUGGACUAUUCCAACAAGUUAAGAUUUUAAUUAAAAUAGUUUGCAAAAACUGAUUCAGAUCAACUGGUCUAAAUGUGUGUGUCCCUGUGUGUACGUGGGGGAAGAAAAGCUGUCCAAAAAAAAAGCCUGAUCUCAAGAGAAAACACCCCAUUACGUAGCUGUAACCAGA